AUGAACGAUAUGGAAUAUGCAAAGGAAUUCAUUGAUUUCGUCAAUGCUUCACCAACACCUUACCACGCAGUUGAUACCAUCAAAAAGGAAUUAUCAUGUAAAGGAUUUGAAGAGUUAAAAGAAAGAGAUAACUGGGAUAUCGAAAGUUUAAAGACUACUGGGAAAUAUUUUGUCACUAGAAACAAUAGUUCAAUUAUUGCCUUCACCGUUGGAGGUAAAUAUGAAGCAGGUGAUGGGUUUGCCAUUGUUGGAGGACAUACUGAUUCUCCAUGUUUCAAGAUCAAACCUGUAAGUAAUAGAACCAAUGAAGGAUUUAUUCAAAUCGGAGUUGAAUUUUAUGGUGGUAUUUUAGCACCAACUUGGUUCGAUAGAGAUUUAAGUAUUGCUGGAAGAGUAAUGGUCAAAGAAGAUGGUAAAUAUGUAAGUAAAUUGGUCAAAGUUGACAAACCAUUAUUAAGAAUCCCAACUUUAGCUAUUCAUCUCAAUAGAGAAUUGGGUACUAAGCUAGAAUUCAACAAGGAAGAUAAAAUUGUUCCUAUUGCAGGACAAGUUGAUAGAACUGAUGAAUCUGAAGAAUCUGAACACCAUGGAUGUAAAGCUGAUAUCAAACCUGAAGAAUUCGAGUCAAUUAAAUCUGUUAUUACCAGACAUAAUAAAUCAUUGAUUGAUUUGAUUGCCAGAGAGUUGAAGGUUGAAGUUUCCCAAAUAGAAGAUUUCGAAUUGUCAUUAUUUGAUACCCAAAAAUCAUGUAUUGGUGGUAUUAAUGAUGAAUUCAUUUUCUCUCCAAGACUUGAUAAUUUAGUUACUUGUUACACUGCUACUCAAGGGAUUGUUGAAAGUUUGGAUAACUUAGAAGGUGCUAGAGGUAUUAACGUUGUGGCGUUGUUCGAUCAUGAAGAAGUCGGUUCAAAAUCUGCUCAUGGUGCUGAUUCCUCUUUCUUACCUGACAUAUUAAACAGAUUAUCAACUAAAUUCUAUCAAUCCAUGUCAAAAUCAUUCCUCGUAUCAUCUGAUAUGGCACAUGGUGUCAACCCAAACUAUGCCAGUAAUUAUGAAUCUAAAAAUAAACCACAAUUAAACAAAGGUCCAGUUAUUAAGAUUAACUCCAAUCAAAGGUAUUCAACCAAUUCUCCAGGGAUCGUGUUAAUGAAAAGUAUUGGUGAAACUUAUAAGAUCCCUCUCCAAUUGUUUGUUGUAAGAAAUGAUUCUCCUUGUGGUUCAACCAUUGGACCUUUUUUGGCUGCAAAAUUAGGAGUUAGAACUUUGGAUUUAGGUAAUCCUCAAUUAUCAAUGCAUUCUAUCAGAGAAACCGGUGGAACUUUUGAUAUCAUUGAAUUAUGUAAAUUGUUCAGAUUUUUCUUCAAAGAUUAUCACCAAUUAGAGGAAACUAUCUUUGUUUGA